AUGGGUUCUCUCUUUACUCCAGCGCCUUGCGUGGCUUCCGCUGCAGUCACCUACAGAUCGCCUUUUCCUCGCUACCCUGGUCGAGCCGAAACGAGGGAAAAUGCUCUCCGCGUCGUCCGCGCAGCGCAGCCGCGCCAGGAGCCGAGAGAAAGCUCGGCGUGCGUAGAGCCUCUGCGCGCGCGCGUUCCUCCGCUCGGCGCGCGUGGGGCUCUGCGCGCCGGCCCGCGAUCGCCGCCUGCCAAAGUCGUGCUGCAGGCGGGGUCGGCUUCUAGCGAGGGGAGCGGCGGAGGCAGCGUGACUGUAGCGGGCGGCGCAGAGGAGCAGCUGAGCGCGUCGGCGGCGGUGCAGGCGGCCGGAGCGGAAUCGGCGCAGUCGGAGCGGUUCGAGUGGAGUCGCGCGUGGUACGCGGUGGGCGUGGCGGCGGACAUGGACGCGAGUCGGCCGCACGCGCUCACAGUGGUGGGCCGCCCCCUCGUGCUCUGGCGUGACGCCUCCCUCUCCUGGCGCUGCUUCGCAGACCAGUGCCCCCACCGCUUGGUUCCACUGUCCGAGGGGCGCAUAGACUCAUCAGGGCGGCUGGCGUGUUCGUACCACGGGUGGGCGUUUGCAGGCACUGGCGCAUGCGAGCUCAUCCCCCAGGCCGCCCCGGAGCACCCGGGGCAGCCCCCCCGCGCCCUCGCCUCCCCCCGCGCUUGCGCCACUGCCUUCCCCAUGAAAGAGAUGCAUGGAGUGCUGUUCGUGUGGCCGGAUGAGCACUCAGCACACCAGGCGGAGGCAACCCCUCUCCCCCUCCCUAAUGGGGUGGACUUCAACGAGUACACAGUGUUCCCAGCGUACUCCCGGCUGCUGCCGUACGGGUUUGAGUUCCUCGGAGAGAACCUUGCCGACCCGUCGCACUUCCCCUUCUCGCACCACGGCGUGGGCACCACCACGAGGGAACAGGGCGGCCCCAUGACGCAGAUCGCUGUCGUUGAGUCGGGUGCGGCUGGCUUCCACGGCCCCUUCCACAUGGUGAGCUCCGAGCUGCCCUCCGACUUCGCCUUCCAAGCGCCCCAGCUCGUCGUCUACACCUACUACCUCAAGCAGCAGCAGCCGAAGUUCCCCUUCUUUAAGAGCAAGCCCAAGGAAGCAGCACCACCCAAUGCGUUCACGCUGUGUCUGUACAUGACGCCCAGUGCGCCCGGCAGCAGCAUCGUGGUGAGCCUGCAGAUGCUGAAGCGCGGCGACGGCAAGAAGAUGGGCUUCCCCCUGCCGCCCUGGUCCGUGCACCUCCGCCAGCACCAGAUCUACGAUGGCGAUGCCUAUUUCCUGCACUGCCAGGAGCGAACCUUGCAGCACUGGGAGCAGCAACAGCAGCAGCAGCAGGGCGCGCAAGGAGAGGGCAAUGAGGGGGAUUCAGAGCUGGGAGCAGGGAGCGGGAGGGGGAGCGGGUGGAGGGCGUUCUACAUGCCCACCUCGUCCGACCUCUUUGUCGUCGCCUUCAGACAGUGGCUCGCCAAGUAUGCCGGUGGAGCCGUGGCCUACCCACCUGCCUUCUCAGGCGUGUCCCUGCCCCACAAGCCGGCACCCAAGGAGGUGGUGUUGGACCGAAUGGCAUCUCACACGGCGCACUGCACCUCCUGCUCCUCCGCCCUCGCCACCCUGCAGAGAGUGCACCUGCUGCUGCCCGCACUCUCCCUGCUCGCCGCUGUUGCUGCUGCCGCCUCCACCUCCCUGCGUGCUCGUGUGCCGCUUGCCCUGCUGGCCGUGGCAGCUGCUGCAGCUGCCUGGAAGGCGCAGAAAUUCUCCAAGGAGUUCGUGUACACUGGGUGGGACCAUGCAAGAAAGGACUGA